AUGGCAGACACUGCAGGGCCCCAGACGCCCACCAAGAAGCUGUUCAAGGCUUCGAGCAAAACCCCGCCCGUGAGAAGGCAGCACAAUCUCACCAAGACUCCUCAAAGUGCACCAUCUAGCAUCAAAUCCUCGAGUCCAAGUCCAGCGCUGUUUGGGAAAUCCUCUAAAAUCUCUACGCCAAAAAGGAAAGUCUCAUUGCCUGCGCCAAUAUCUCCAUCGAAGCCUUCCAGCGACGAUAUCUUGAAGUCGACGUGUUUGGCGCCUUUUACCAGCAAACUCGACGUCGACGGUGACAAAAUUCCUGAUGCCGCUUCUGAUACUACUGGGGACACUCCUGUAGGCUGGAUAGACAAUGAUGUCCAUGCACCAACCGACAUGGCCAGUCGCAGCAAUGGUGCCUCGAAAGCAUUGUCCAGAGAAUCGUCUGAGACCAUGGCGGGUGCGGCAGGUGGAUCGGCGAGUCGAGACUCCACAGAGCCAGGGUCCUUAGAUGAGAAAUUUGAAACCGUCACAGACGCGCCCGCGCAAGCCACAGAGCCGAAAGAGACUCUCGAGCAAGCUACUGACAAAAGCGCCAGCGUAGAUGAUGUUGCGCCAGCAACUCCUAGUAAGCCAACUGAAGAUCAACAAUCCGAUGCAGCCAGUUCCACGGAAGACACAAACGAUCCGAUCGACCUCGCUCAAUACUUUCUCGAUGUGGGUAAUCCUGAGAUGAGCAAGUUUGUCAAAGCAUUGAUCGGACAAGACAACGAAGACGUAUCUGCACCAACAGCAUCCGGCGCGUUCGAGUCAGUAGAAGAUAGCGCUCAGAACACCGCGCAGAAAUUUCGCCACACCAUCAGCAGUUCCUCUCAAAAUUCCAAAGAAGAGUCUGAAAACCCAUCUGCGGAUUCUAGUGACCAAUCCAAAGAAACCCCAUUUAAGGACAUUUCAGAGGAUCAGCACCAGAAGCCUUCUUUAGGAAAGGAAUCAUCAGAACAGUCCGAAGACCCAUCUGCUUCGAAGGACGACCCAGAAGAUCAAUCCACGAAUUCAAACGAUCGAACCGACAAACCUUCCACCGAGGACUACUCAGCAGAACGAUCGGAGAAGCCCUCGCCUAUCCCCAGGGACGACCUGCAAGACGGCAUCGCCAAACCCUUAGCGAACGACGAUUGCCCAGAGCACACCGAGAAGGUACCGGCGAAAGACGACCUGACGUUGAAGGACGGCCCUGGACCCAAAUCCACGUCAGACGCGGACGUCGUCACUGAAGACACACAAGACGCUGAAAACGAAGCUGUAAACACCAAAAGCGGCGUUCCAGGCGUCUCGCAAAGCCCGGUAGAGAAGCUUCCCACGAGCGACAACUUGGUUUCAAAACCGACAGAGGAAAACCCCAUAGGCGAAAGCCCAGAAGCUGAGAAACAAGAUACCGCAGAAGAAUCUCUAACUUUGUCAGAAAAGCCUGCUGACACUGUGAGUGGGUUUCCCGGCGUAUCUAAAGAUCCAGUCUUGGAGUUGCCGAACGACGACGAAUUGGUCUCCCAACCUGCGAGUGAAACCACGAUCGCCGCUGAAGACCCGCAGCAUACCAGCGACACUAAAGAGAGCGCGGAAGAUUCAGAGACUGUAGAAAAGUCAGAUCCUGCGGAAGAGUUGGAUACUGCAGAAACUUUAAAAGCUGUGGAAGAGUCAGAAUUUGCCGAAGAGUCAAAGCUUGCUGUAGAGUCAAAACCUACUGAAUCGUCAGAGCCCGUCAAAGCGUCAAACCCCGCGGAAGAGCCAGAGCCUGCAAGGGAAGUCGAGAAGACCGCAGAGAAUUCACAACGUGCAACUGGAGCCGAGAAUACAGCGCGAUCCUCGCAGCCUGCUACAAGCAAAGGGACCGGAACUAUUGGCGGCUUCCCGAACGUUUCGGAAAACCCAGUCGAGGAGCUUCCGAACGACGACGAGCUGGUCGCAGAACCGCCAAGCAAGACGCGAAGUGCGGUCGAUAAUACAGAUAUCUUCGCGACGGACGCGUCAGAGACUGUCGACGGCUUUCCAGACGUGUCGUGCGAUCCGGUGGAAGAACUGCCAACGAACGACGAUCUGGUGAUUGGCGCCAAGGAUAAGGUUGAAGCCAGCGAAGAAAGUUUGCAGCCAGCCUCAUCCGGAGCACAGGAUAAAACAAAAUCAACAACUGGCGAUAUGCAGGGUAGAGAAGAACAACCCUCACCACAAACCAUUGCAGAUACGCAGAAAGCUGCUGAAGGUUCUGCAGGCCAUAACAUUGGCGUUCCUGACACCGAGAACAUCACUCGAGGGAAGCACGUUACUUUUGAAAGUCCUGGUAAAGCCUUGGAUGUGAAGGAUUCCAUUUCUACCCCAGAGAAGGGACCUGGAGAUCAGGCGACAGAUCCACAGGACGUUUCAGAAGAAAUACUUGCGCAACGAGGCUCGCAGACAUCUAGUCUUCCCGAAGAGGCCAGCAACGGUGACGUAGUGAGCAAGGCAAAUAAAAAACCUUCGUCUCUCAAGAAGACCUCGACGUUCUCGGCGAGUGCGCCGGAUUCUUCGAACUCGACUCAGGAAUCCGAAGAACUAGCCGACGGUUCUGUAAGGAGUGCCAUGGUAGGUGGAAAGGAUGGCCUCGGUGCGAAGGCACCACGACAGCUUAAUGCUUCGAACACUUCUAAUCAACCUAGAGGUUCUACCGGCGGUGUUCAGGCAGAAGCAGACAAUAUGGGCAAGCCAGCACGGAUAAACAGGCGCGUCGAUAUACCAUUACCAAGGCCUGGUAAUCCAAACCGCUCCAGAUCACGUAUGGAUAUGCCCGAGGUUGAUAACCUGAAGACCACAGACGGCCUGAACAACGUAAACGAUCUUGAUGACCCACCAGAGGAGUUCUUAGAUCCUUCUGUACAUACGUCGCCGCAACGAUCGGCGAACAUUUCACCUAUUCCCAGAAUCCAUGAUAUUUCUCCUAUUUCAAGUCAACCUCCGCCAGACCUAGCAUGUCUAGCCAGCGGAUUGGGUGGCUUUAGUGUUGAUGAUGUCGGAAAUAUCGUGGACGAGACUGGAAAGGUUCUAGGUCACGCUACGGGCGACUUGCCAUCUAUGAUCGGCAAGAAGGUUGCCAACAACGGUGAAAUUUAUGGCGACCGAGGCGAACUCAUUGGAUUUGUUACGGAAAACUUCACAGGCCACCCACCGCCGCCAGAAUCGCCGAGGGAAGAUUUGAAAGAAACCCCCCUCCCCAAUGGUCUGAAGGUUGAUAGGGAAGGAAAUAUUUUGGACAACUCUGGUAAUAUUGUCGGAAAGUUGAACAGGCCGUCGGGUGCAUCGACUAAGGCUCUUGCGCCCCUUAACGGCGAGACAAAGGAUGAGCCGAAGACCCAGACCGAUGGAGAGAAAGAGAAGCCUAGAGCCAAGUUUGACGAAGGCAGCAUUCCUGCUGACAUCUUCUUGGACGUGAAAUCUACACCUGACGGUAUCCAACUGACGAUCAGGAUUCCAACCAUCUUCAAACAGGAGACACAACAGACGACGGAAUGA